GCAGGGAGGUGACGCAAGGGGGCGGGGCGCCCGGAGGACGGUCGCGGGGACGCGGUCAGCAUGUCGGCUCUGGCCCGGCUGGCGCCGCUCGCGCGCGCUGGUGGCCGCCUCCUCCGAGGUAGCGGUGCCUGGGCGACUGGAAGCGGCGGAGUCCGUCGUGCUGGUGGCGGUGUCCAUAUGCAGCCCCGGUACAGGCAGUUUCCCCAGCUGACCAGGUCCCAGGUGCUGCAGAGCGAGUUCUUCAGUGCACUCAUGUGGUUUUGGAUUCUCUGGCGCUUUUGGCAUGACUCGGAUGCUGUGAUGGGUCACUUUACAUAUCCUGAUCCUUCUGAGUGGACAGAUGAAGAAUUGGGAAUCCUUCCUGAUGAGGAGGAUUGAAAUUAUACUCAAGCCUUUUGAAGAAGGAACCAAGUGAGAAAUUUCAAGGAAUUAUGGACUUCAUGUUGUACCCUGAAGUUGUGAAUUAAAAAAUGAUUGGCCAAGAA